GGAAGUGAUCCACUUUUUGUGGAUGGAUGCUUGAAAGCUUCUUCUGGGAAGUUAAAUAAAAUAUUUCAAGAGCAAGUUGGCUACGUGACUGUGAACAACCAGCAGACUAAAGAAAAGUGAUGAUUAAGAUUUUGUAUGCCCGUUAAGUUCUUAAAAUUAAUAUAUAUUACUUAUUUGAAAUCGUCAAACAAGGAUUAUCUUUUGGGGCUGUUCGGUGUCAAUAUUUUUGAAGGAAAAGGAAGUCUUUCCGUUGUUAAAAGGGGUAAUUUUCUGACGUGGCAUAUGAAAUCCUCAGCCUUUUCAGUUGAGAAUAUCUUAUCCAACUCAUAAAGUCUAGAAAACAUGUUGACCCAAAGAAAAAUAUCUCACUCAUUCUUCCACUGCCAAUCAAUUAUCCAUAUUUUCUCCCAACAAAAAAGAAAAACCCAGAUAAGGUUAUAUAUCUAUAACAUAUGAUAUCUAGUGCUAAUGUGUGCAUGAAUUAAAGAGAAAGUAGAGAAGAUGUCAGAAGCAGGGCAUUUUCUUUCACCUGGCAGAGCCAUUAAAAGCAUUUCCAGCUUGUAUUCAGCACCGUUUCUGUCUCAUACUCCCAAAACUGUUGCUAUUGUUUCAAGAAGAAAAGAUUUUACAAUGGUAAAUACCAUCCUUGUUUACACCUAUAGUAUAUUUCUCUUGAGUGUUUUAGCAGUUAGCAUAGCUGCAACUACUACCCAGUUGGCUAUCCAUGGAUGGCUUUCAGUUCAUAUAACCAAACAAAGUUGUAGUAGGACUCCACGUAGUCUGAUCUCAAUAUCAACAGCAGAUGGGAAAUGGCAUGGAAAGUGGAACUGUGAUUACCUGCUCUCCCUUCAAGACCUACAGUUGGAAGAUCUGAUCGAAGAUGAACAAAAAGAUGCUGAGGUUUCUAUCAGUCUCUGCAUUCAAAAGCAGCAUGCCAGCUUUGGUUUCUCAGUGGAUGGAAGGAUCCUCACAUCUUUCACCAGAAAAUGCAGCAACUGCUCUUCUCCAUUCUGCAGAGAGAUUGAUACCAACUUCAAUGUCUGGGUUCUGCCAUCCAACAAAGACAAUGGUGCAAUCCAGCUACCAGAAAUAGGAGGCGAUGACCCAUCAGUCAUCUAUGUGAAGCCAGGAUAUGAAGCCAAUCUUGAUUCAUUAAUACAGGACACCAUUAGGCUAACAACCUCUGUCAAAGACAUUUGCUCAGAGUCUUGUGAGAAAUCUGAAUUCACAUUGCAAUACAUUGGUGGACAGAAUGCAGCCUCUAUUGACAAGAGGUGGUCUAGACUCCUGGAGCUGAAGAAAGCAGCUUUAUGAUAAAUGCAUGCGUACAACUAUUUGAAACAAAAAAAAUAAUAUUCUUAUUUAGAUUAAAAAGAUUAGUUACCUUGUUAAUGCAAUGAAGUAAAACAUAGAACAAAUCUCUUGAGUUUUAAUCUUAAUUACACUUUCAUCCAUUGAAUAAAUUUAUCUUUCACUUCUUAUUUUCAA